GUUACAACAAUGCCAUAGAUACAAAAUUCAUUACAUAUUUAAAAACAAGAAACACAACAUGUAAGUUAAGGAAGCUGGAAGAUUUGCUUUCGCCUAAGCCAUUUUCAUAGAACCUGAAGACAGCAAAAGAAAGAAACAUGAUCCACUUUUGUUCUGGUUUGGUUAAAGUAACCUUAAAUACUGUUGGGGUCAAUGACUACACGGAUAACAUCAAAUGGCUUACUUUGGAUGAAGCACUGAAAAGCAGCAAAGAAUUAAAGCUUCCUAUACUUGUAUUUAUACAUCUCCCACUGUGCGAAUCCUGCAACCGUUUAAGGCCGAUAAUUGAAUCAUCAGAAGAAAUAAUUACCCUGAGCAAGGACUUCCUGAUGGUCCAAAUAAAUGAACAAAAUGUAAAAGACGAUUUUCGCAUAGAUGGCCAGUACACACCUCGUAUUAUUUUCCUAUCGCCAGAUGGGAAGCCUCUGCCGCAAUUCAUCAACAAACUAGGAAACCCAAACAUCAAAUACUAUUAUCCAAACGCGAAAAGUAUUGUAAAAGCAAUGUCUGAGGUUUCCCUGGCAUAUCCGGUAAAGUGUCCCACAGACAAGCCCUGUCACCUACAUGGAGUUCAGAAUUCAAAUUGGAAAAGAUCUGCUGAUAAACAACAUUAAAAACAGAUUGUUUCAUUUGAGGGCCCAAUGUGAUCUACUAAUGGCAGUCAGAAUGUAAAUUUAAGCUUGAAAAACACCACCGACAAUAUGUAUAAAUACACAUAAAUAAUGUCAA